UUCAACAGACACUGGACACAGACUUCAGCCAUGAAGGUGACAGCCAUUUUUCUUCUCAGUGCCUUGGCCCUGUUUACUUUAUCUGGUAACACUAGGGCAGACUCCCCGGGAAGAAAGGCUAAUUGUAAUAAUGAAGUGAAUGGAUGCAACAAGAUAUACAAUCCUGUCUGUGGGACGGAUGGAAUCACUUAUUCCAAUGAGUGCAUGCUAUGUCUUGAAAAUCAGAAGCGCCAGAUUCCUGUCCUCAUUCAAAAAUCCGGGCCUUGCUGAGAACCAAGGUUCUGAAAUCCCAUAAGAUCACCAGGCUGCCUGGCUGGCCUGAUUGUUAAAUAAAUGCAUUUGAAUA